GAUAUGUUUUGAUAAUAUUGCUAAUGUGUUAUUUUAUUUUUUGUCUUAGCUUGUGAUUUUUUUAUAAAAACGCUAUAAUUAAUAUGUCUUUCUAAUGUAAACAUGUCAUUUAUUUCAUCUUAGACGAAUUAAGUAUUUUUAAAAAGAAAUCUUUGAUAUGGAUGAAAUUGAUGAUGUUGCACACAGCGUGUCACAUGAUGAACUACUUGAAAUUACCGAGUCCUCUCUUUUCAAACUGUUAAAUUAUGAUUCAUUAUUAUGUGAUUUACCAUCAGACAUUAUUAUAGAAGAAAUACUGUCACAGAUAGCAGUGGAGCAUGGUCAGUCAAUAAGGAUUUUUAUCUCCAGAGAAGAUGAACCAGCAUUAAAAGUGAUUGUACCACAAACGGCAAGUGUUGGUGAUCUAAAGAAGGCAAUUGCCAGACAUUUUGAAAUACAUCAAAAAAGGACUGGCAGCAAAGUGAAAAUAUCAUGGAAAUAUAUUUGGAAGACUUACAAUUUAAGUUUUGAUGGUAUAAUACUGGACAAUAAUGCAAACCCAAUUGAAGAUUACGGUGUUACCAACAAAACUACAUUGACAUUCAAAAAAAGAAGGAAAAAAAUAAAAAAUACAAUUUAUUCUUAAAACAUGUUUAUUGUUAGUUAAAACAUAAUAUUGAAGCUGAUUAUUUCAUUGUUAUUAUAUAAUUGUUACAUUUGUAAAAUAAAAUAAGAUUGUUAUAUCUUAACAAACAUAUUC